CAGGAUAGUCUUCCAACAGUCUUGUUUUCUGUACCUAAUUCACCAUCCAAACCUCUCUCUCUCUCAGUACCAAACAUCAACAAAUUCGUUCUCACAGAAUCUACAGAGAAAGAGAGAAACGGUUGAGUUAAAUUGAAGAUGAAGAUCACUGUCAUGACUGUUGAUGAACAAAUUCUCACAUUGGAUGUGGAUCCCCACGAAUCUGUGGAGAACGUCAAAGCAUUGCUCGAGGUUGAGACUAGUGUGCCUCUUCAACAACAACAGCUUCUGUUCAAUGGGAAGGAGGUGAAGAAUUCUGAGAAGUUGAGUGCCCUUGGUGUUAAGGAUGAUGAUUUGCUGAUGAUGGUGUCAGGUGCUGCGGCCGGCUCCGCCGCUUCUAGUGGGUCUACCAAUGAUUUGAGUUUGAAUACCGAUGGUUCCGCUGUCAACCCUGGUGCUUUCCAGCAGCACAUAAGAAGAGAUUCUAAUUUGAUGGGUCAGCUCUUUCAGAGUGAUCCAGAGUUGGCACAAGCUAUUUUAGGGAAUGAUCUGAAUAGAUUGCAAGAAGUUUUGAGAUUGCGUCAUCGCCAAAGAGAUGAAUUAAAGCGUCAGAAAGAAGAAGAACUUGCUCUUCUUUAUGCUGAUCCUUUUGAUGUUGAAGCACAAAAGAAGAUUGAAGCUGCCAUCCGCCAGAAAGGGAUUGAUGAAAAUUGGGCAGCUGCAUUAGAACAUAACCCCGAAGCUUUUGCUAGAGUGGUCAUGUUGUAUGUUGAUAUGGAGGUUAAUGGUGUCCCAUUGAAGGCAUUUGUUGAUAGUGGAGCUCAGUCUACCAUUAUAUCAAAAAGCUGUGCUGAGCGUUGUGGAUUGCUGAGGCUUUUAGAUCAGCGUUACAGAGGGAUUGCUCAUGGAGUUGGCCAGUCAGAAAUAUUGGGUCGCAUACAUGUAGCGCCAAUCAAGAUUGGGAGUAUAUUUUACCCAUGCUCAUUCUUGGUGCUGGACUCUCCCAAUAUGGAGUUUCUAUUUGGACUGGAUAUGCUCCGAAAACACCAGUGUAUAAUUGACUUGAAAGAAAGUGUUUUGCGAGUUGGUGGAGGUGAAGUUUCUGUGCCAUUUUUGCAAGAGAAAGACAUACCAUCUCGGUUUUUAGAUGAGGAAAAGUAUGCUAAGGAAGCUUCUGGCUCUGGUGGCCAUAUUACAUCAGGGAGCAAUAAUCCAUCAACUGGAGGCCACCCUUCUGGAGGAGCUUCUAGUGACAGGGCUAAGGAUUCUGAAUUUGAAGCCAAAGUUGCAAAGCUUGUUGAGUUGGGAUUUGAAAGAAAUGCAGUUGUAGAAGCUCUUCAGAUAUUCAAUGGCAAUGAGAAACAGGCUGCUGGAUUUCUUACUUUAAACAAUUUUUACUUACUCAAUUGAUUAAUUUCUUACUUUAAACAAUUUUUACUUACUCAAUUCAAUUAUAAUUUCUAAAAUCAAAAUUGUAGACUUUAUGACAUUUAUUGUGAAAUUGUUCAAAGAAUGUUUCUAUUUAAUUGGAAAACCCUGUUAUUGUCGGUUAA